AUGUCGGCAAAUAUACACCAAACAAACAUCCGUAUGCCGUCCGGCGCCUCCACUUAUGGCAAGUCAGCCGACGUGACGCCUGUACUGCCGGACGACAUCUUCGACACCGAGGAGUCGUGCGGUUCGGGUUCAGUGGUGUCGCAGACGCUGUCGCAGCCAACGCCCACCCAUUCGGUGCAGAGCUUCGCGAUUGUGCCGCCGAAGUGCGCCACAGCGCCCACCACUCCCGCGCACAGCCCGUCCUCGUCGCCGGUCAUACCGGCGCUCAAGUCGUCGACGACAACAGCAACGAAACGCGCGACGAAACGAAAGCAGACGUCGUCGUCGAGCGCCGCCACUCACGAGGAGGCGAUGACAUCGCGACGCAAACGGCUGUGGAUUGCGAUCGCGAGGAAAGAGAUCCCGAGGGCUCACAAACAGAAGCAGACGACCAGAAAGGAGGCGCUCAUGAAUGCCAAGAAAAUGGCGAAUUGGUGUCAACGGGAGCGCCGACGGCAGACUGUCGCCCAUCAGAAGCAGUUCUGUCGCGACCAAUACGCCAGAGCGCGACGACUGACCAAAGAGAUGGUGCUCUACUGGAAGCGCUUCGACAAAGUGGAAAAGGAUUACCGGAAACGCGCGGAACGGGAGGCUCACGAGCAGAUGAGGGUCGACAUGGAGCUCCUGGAGGCUAAGCGCCAGCAAAGGAAACUGAAUUUCCUGAUAACACAGACCGAACUGUACGCCCACUUCAUGAGCCGCAAACUGUCGACGCUGUCGGCGCCCGAAGAGCUCAGCCAACGGGACAGUAUACUUGAACGUCUGGAGGAGGAGCAGCCGGUGGUGUUGUUGUCGAGUGGUGUUGAAGACGACUUCGACGCCGACCUCCAGAAGCGGGAGGCGAUGCGCAACGCGGAGACUGCGCUCCAGACGUACCAGAAGGAGAGGAAUGCGUUCGACGCGGAGCUCAAGACGAACCACGAGAUGAUCACAAGAAGUAUGGAUUUGUCGGAGACGUCCAUAUCGAGUGACGAAGAGCUACAGCAACCGAAGCUUUUCGAGGGUGUCCUCAAAGUCUAUCAACUGAAAGGCAUGAACUGGUUGUACAAUCUGUACGACAAGGGAAUCAAUGGUAUUCUCGCCGAUGAGAUGGGUUUGGGAAAGACAGUGCAGACGAUCGCAUUCAUGGCCACACUGGCCGAGCGGCUCAACAUCUGGGGGCCGUUCCUCGUAAUCGCGCCCUCGUCUACGCUACACAACUGGCAACAGGAGGUGACCCGCUUUGUGCCGCACUUCAAAGUCCUUCCCUAUUGGGGUAACCCUAACGACCGCAAAGUGUUGCGCAAAGUGUGGAACCAGAAGUGCCUGCACCGGGAGGAGUCGGCCUUUCACGUGUUGGUCACCAGCUAUCAGUUGAUAGUGCAGGACGUGAAGUACUUCCAGCGCAUCAAAUGGCUGUAUAUGGUGUUAGACGAGGCGCAGGCCAUCAAGAGUAGUGCCAGCGCUCGCUGGAAGACACUGCUGUCGUUCCAGUGCAGGAACCGUCUGUUGUUGACGGGAACGCCUAUCCAGAACACGAUGGCCGAGCUCUGGGCGCUCCUGCACUUCAUAAUGCCGUCGAUGUUUGACUCGCACGACGAGUUCAACGAGUGGUUCUCCAAAGACAUCGAAAGUCACGCCGAGAACAAGACGGCCAUCGAUGAGAAGCAUUUGUCCAGACUUCACAUGAUUUUGAAGCCAUUUAUGUUGCGGAGGAUUAAGAAGGACGUGGAGAACGAGUUGUCCGACAAGAUUGAGAUCAAACUGUACUGCGGACUAACCACUCGUCAGCAACAGCUCUAUAAGGCGCUCAAGAAUAAGAUAUCGAUCGACGACCUGAUGGCCACUUCCGUGACCUCACAGUCCGCCACAUCUAGUCUUAUGAAUCUCGUGAUGCAGUUCCGCAAAGUCUGCAAUCAUCCCAACCUAUUCGAGCGCCGGGACAUAUCGAUCGACGACCUGAUGGCCACUUCCGUGACCUCACAGUCCGCCACAUCUAGUCUUAUGAAUCUCGUGAUGCAGUUCCGCAAAGUCUGCAAUCAUCCCAACCUAUUCGAGCGCCGGGACGUCCGCUCGCCAUACCAUAUGCGGCUCAACACGUAUAUACUUCCGCGUCUGAUCUUCGAGUCGGGUCUCUGUCACGACUUCUUCGCGUUUGAUUCACACAAAUAUCAACUCAUUUACAAAAUGCUAAACAUUUUCAGCUGUGAUUACAUACACGACUCGUCGACAGCCAAUACCGACGACCCGUUCACGUGCUUCUCAUUCGCGCCGUUAAUUGGUUUGUCUGCCAAUCAAUUGAAUGAAUUAUUUUUCGCCAAUUUAUUAGUCGUUUGGAAAUAUAUUUUGUAUGAAAUGAAUCAGAAAUCGCAGAUUUGUUACAAAGACUGGUCUGAAGACAAUACCAGAGAAUCACUUCUCAUACCAUUGAAGACAACUUUAUUUAUGAAUAAUCGACACAAUUGUCAGAAUUCGGAUCAAUUAUGGAGUCAUUUGCUGUUCACGUGGUCUCGAAGCAGUCAUUUUAGUUAUGUUUAUGGCUUCACGAGACAUACCCAUCACUGUAUGACUGAGUCCACAGAUCACCGGCAGAUGAGACUCCGGAAGUAUAACGAAAGCGAUGCCAUUAUAACCACUGAUAAAGGACUCAACAGCAGUGAUAUUAACGCACAAAAGUCGCCGACAAUCGCCUGUUUCCGUGAAGUGGUCCAUAAGGCCCGUCCGGCACUGGUGUACGACUGCGAGCCAACACUUAUACCGCAGUUUCUGUCGAUUUUGAUAAACAAAACCAAUGGUCUGAACGUAAGCGCCGAACCCAUGCCUAUGUUCUGCCGGAAUAGGCGGGCAAUGGAGGCCUAUUCGCAGCACCGGUUGGGCGGCAGUCAUGGCGUCAAACAACUGAUAACUAACGGCGAUGUGGACGCUCUGGACGCGCAGUCGCAUCAUAUCCUAUGGUCGCAAAAGACGCAGUUCUUCGCGUCGCCGCUCAAAGGCCUGCUCGGCCUCCAGGAGCUGAACGGCUGGUCGUCGCUCUCUAUUCCCGAUAAGGAGACGAUUGUAACGGAUUCGGCGAAACUGAAAGCGUUGGACGAACUGCUGAACGCAUUGAAGAGCGGUGGGCACCGGGUGUUGAUCUACUCGCAGAUGACACGUAUGAUUGAUCUGCUGGAGGAGUAUAUGUGGCACCGGAAGCACCGGUACAUACGUCUGGACGGCUCGUCGAAGAUCGCCGACCGGCGCGAUAUGGUCGCCGACUUCCAGAACAGGUCCGACAUCUUUGUGUUCCUAUUGAGCACACGGGCGGGCGGUUUGGGCAUCAACUUGACGGCCGCCGAUACCGUCAUCUUCUACGACAGCGACUGGAACCCGACGGUCGACCAGCAGGCCAUGGAUAGGGCCCACCGUUUGGGCCAAACAAAACAGGUGACUGUCUAUCGGCUGGUGUGUAAGGGAACCAUUGAGGAGAGGAUUCUAGAGAGAGCUCAGGAGAAGUCGGAGAUACAGCGGAUGGUUAUCAGUGGAGGCGCUCUCAGACCCGACACUCUUAGGGCCACAGAAGUCGUGUCACUACUCCUGGACGACGAAGAGUUGGAGCGACGCUUCCAUCAGAAACAGGAGGAGAAGCGACUGCUGGCUGAGGAGAGCGGCGCCACAGCGGGUGGGACACCCGUUAGGGCGGCCGUCAAACGCAAACUCAAGUCCUCUCCCAAAGAGACGGACGUCUCGAAAAGAAAGUGUUCCAAAAGGUUGUUAUCAGACAACGAAUCCGAGAGCUUAUCCAAAGAGAUAUCGCCGACCACUGCGGCUGAUGUCGAGUCCUUUAACGAUAACGAGUCGUUCCCUACCAGUCCUUUCAGUGAACAAUCGUUUCGAUCCCUAACCCUAAUGAAUGAGGACGAGAGCAAUGACGGCGCCCUCAUUGUCGACGACAGAAGCAGUCCUACCUCUUCGGCGUCUGAUUUGCACAGUCCGUCCAGUUCUGGGUAUAGACGGGGCGGCCUUCGAGGCCGGGGUCGGCCGCGAGGCUCGCGAUCGCGCGGUUCCAUCAAUACUAGGAGUUCGUUGACAUCGGCGGCGUUAGCGGCGGCCGAGUUGGCCGGCGCCCAGGCGGGCAAAAGUGCCGCUUUGGCCGCCUAUCCAUUCCUGGGCACAGCCCUGAGCGGCGGCACUGAUAACGAGAGUAUUGUGUCGAUGGGUAGCCGCAGAGGACGCGGAAGGAGUCGCUCUAUGGCUAUGAUUACGAGAACUAUUAGUGCGCUGAAGACACCGCCCAAAGACUCGGUCACAACAACCCCUCAAACGAGCGCACAAUCGGCCGACACUUCCACUCCACACGGGAUCGGGUUUUAUGUGCAACAGGACUGAUAGGACAGGGAGUGUGAAGUUGUUUAGUCAUUGGUAUUGCCGUACAAAUUGUCGAUAAAUUAUUACUGUUUAACAAAUUUUAUGUUUUCUGAGAGUUUUUAUAAUACCGUAAAUUAAUUUUUUAAAUAAAACAAAUGAUUAAAUCAUGAAAUGCGAGA